AUGCGUAGAAGUGAAAUUAAAGACGGUGAUGCAGAAGCGGCAUUAGCUUAUUUGUGUGGAAAGGCAGAAAUGGAUUCUUCAUUUUUUUAUAAAUUCAACAUUGAUGAAGAAAGUCGACUAGCAAAUUUGUUUUGGGCUAAUUCAACUGCUCGAAUGGAUUAUGCGUGUUUUGGAGAUGUCCUAGCAUUUGACACAACCUAUAGGAUAAAUGCCUAUAAAAAGCCUCUAGUAGUGUUGGUCGGUGUUAAUCAUCACCACCAAACUAUUGUAUUUGGUUGUGCGUUAUUGAUAGAUGAAAGUGUUGGGACAUAUGAAUGGGUGUUGGAGAAAUUUCUUGAGGCAAUGAUGAAUAAGAAACCCAUAUCUGUUGUAACCGAUGGGGAUAAAGCUAUGCGUAAGGCAAUUAAAAAAGUAUUACCCGAUACGUGUCAUCGAUUGUGUUCAUGGCAUUUGCAACGAAAUGCAUUCACGAAUGUGCAUAUUAAGGACUUCUCAAGCCUAUUUGCAAGGUGCAUGUUCAUGCAUGGGAAUGAAGAAGAAUUUGAAAAGGUUUGGCAUGAAAUGGUUGCAAAUUUGGGACUUAAUGAGAAUCGUUGGGUGACCGAGAUAUAUGGGAAACGUAAAAGAUGGGCAGAGGCGUAUUUACGUGGAAAUUUCUUUGGAGGGAUGAGAACCACACAAAGGUGUGAGAGUAUGAAUGCAUAUCUAAAUAGAUUCUUAAAAAUUCGCUUGCGACUGUAUGAGUUUGUACAACAAUUUGAUAGAGCCAUAAUGAGAAUACGGCAAAACGAGGCAAAGGCAGAGUUCGAGUCGAACAAUUCUUCACCCGUGCUUUCAACCAAACUAUCCAUAAUUGAAAAUCAUGCUGCGACGGAGGAAACUAAUUUGUCUUCCCAAUGUGACAUUCAAAUGGAAAUGAUGCCUUCGACAAAUUCAACAGUUGACAUUUUUGCAACCAUACAUGGAAUGUUAGGGGAGCAUUUGUCGAAUGACCGAUUUGACAUGUACAUAGAUUGUGGUGAACUUAAUAAUGUAAGAUCGGGAAUAAAGAAACACUUUUGA